UGGAGGAACUGCAGGAUGCUGCUGAACACACCCUUUGCAUUUCGCUGUCUCUUCACAACAGCGUUAAGCAACAAGAUGAAGAACAUCAAAGCCACCAAAUAUGUGGCGUAGAGCCGGUUGACUGCUUCUGCUUGAGGUGACUGGGAAUAAAGCGUUAACGUUAGAGCUGUUGGCGGUAUCUGUGAUGGCAGGGUCAAAGAUGUCUGUGCAGCUGGCUGUUGUGGUGGUCCUCUCAGUGCUGCUGACAGGAGCAACCCACGCUGGGCCUGAGAUGGACCCAUACAAAAUCUUAGGCGUAACCAGGAGUGCCAGCCAGGCUGAGAUCAAGAAAGUCUAUAAGCGUCUUGCAAAAGAAUGGCAUCCUGAUAAAAACAAAAAUCCAGGUGCUGAGGACAUGUUCAUCAAGAUUACCAAGUCUUAUGAGAUCCUGUCCAGUGAGGACAAACGUGCCAAUUAUGACCGUUACGGGCAGACAGAUGACACCCAGCCAUACGGCAGUGGUCGAAAUGGUCAUCGUCACGACAGCUUUUACUUUGACGAGUCCUUCUUCAACUUUCCCUUCAACAGCAAGAACCACAGGGACUUUGCUGACAGCAAGUACAUAUUGCACUUUAACCAGUAUGUAAACGACGUGGUGCCUGACAGCUACAAGAGACCAUACCUGAUAAAGAUCACCUCUGACUGGUGCUUCAGCUGCAUCCACAUCGAGCCUGUCUGGAAAGAGGUGGUGCAGGAGAUGGAGACUCUAGGUGUGGGAAUAGGUGUUGUGGAUGUUGGCUAUGAGAGACGGUUAGCCAAUCAUCUUGGUGCUCAUCGCACCCCAUCAAUACUUGGUGUCAUCAACGGCAAAAUUACAUUUUUUCAUUACGCUGUAGCAAAGGAGCACCUGAGGCAGUUUGUUGAAGACCUUCUUCCUCAGAGACUUGUGGAGCGGGUCACAGACAAGAAUGACCUGCAGUUCUUGAACAGCUGGCAUGAGCUCAACAGGCCACACGUGCUCCUGUUCGACCAAGUGCCUGUAGUUCCUCUGCUAUACAAACUGACAGCGUUUGCUUAUAAGGACUACUUGCAGUUUGGCUAUGUGGACCAGGGCCUUGCAGAGACCGCCAAUCUGCAGAAACAGUUUAAUAUUAACACGUACGCUCCAACCAUGCUGGUCUUCAAAGAGAACAUUGACAAGCCCGCUGACAUUAUCCAGGCUAAAGGAAUGAAAAAGCAGAUUAUUGAUGAGUUCAUGUCAAACAAUAAAUUUCUCCUUGUGCCACGGCUCGUUAACCAGAAGCUCUUUGAUGAGCUGUGUCCUGUCAAACAGUUCCACAGACGCAGGAAAUUCUGUGUCCUGCUGAUCACAGGUGAUGAAGAGACCUUUUCUUUUGCAAACCAGGUGUUUCUCUCAUUUGCCUCUACCAAUACCAAGGAAGUUGUGAGGUUUGCCUAUGUGUACCAUCGGCUACAGCAACCUCUGUGCGACAUUCUCAUGCAGAACAAGGACAGUGCACAGUCACCACCACAGGUGGUGAUCCUGGAGAGGCGUAAUGCUGCAGGGAAGGCCUUGUUCAAGCCAGUGACGGCCUGGAACGGCAGCGAGGAAGACAGGCAGUGUCUUCUGGAGGAGCUGGAGCGACUUCAGAAGGACCCGUCCAUCCUCAUCCAUGACGCCGUGCUGCCUGAGCUCAACAACGAGUUUGCUUCUAUGUUUGUAAUCCGAUGGAUCUUUGCAUCUUAUGAUUACCUCUCUGAAGUCAUCGACGAUAUUCUGCAUAACAACUGGCGUGAGAUGAUGCCUCUUCUGUCCCUCAUCUUCUCUGCCUUGUUCAUCUUGUUUGGAACCGUGGUCAUCCAGGCCUUCAGUGACUCAAGUGACGAUAAGCAGACUAAACCAAAAGCAAAAGAUGGAACAAAAGCAGAAAAUGGAUCACCGGGGGCCGGUAGUACUUCAAGUCGGCCUCCCAAGAAGAAUUUUGUGGAGGUGACGGAGCUGACAGAUAUCACUUACAUGAGCAACCUGGUGAAGCUGAGGCCAGGACACAUGAACAUAGUGCUGGUGCUCACUGAUGCCUCCAAGAACAUUCUCCUUAGCAAGUUUGCCAAAGAGGUUUACUCUUUCACGGGGAGCCUGACGCUGCAUUUCUCCUUCCUGAAUAUUGACAAGCACAGCGAUUGGAUGAACACACUGCUGGAAUAUGCCCAGGAUGCCACGCAGAUUGAUGCAGACGACGAUGACGGAGGCAACCACAAGCUAGACUACACCGGCUACGUGCUGGCGCUUAACGGCCACAAAAAGUACCUCUGUCUGUUCAAGCCCGUCUACACUGGGGAAGACCUUGACAGUAAGUCAUCAGAGGAUGAAGGGGCCGCUUCAGGAGGGAGGUCGAGAUCCAGUUUGCGUGAUGACCAUCCACCGCGCAAGUCCAACCGAUCCCGCAGCAUAUCCACCCUGCAGAUCCACCACAAACUGGACCGCCUGGGGUUGUGGAUGGAAAGGCUAAUGGAAGGCACUUUGCCUCGCUAUUACAUUCCCGCCUGGCCAGGACUAGACAAGAUCACCCCCAGUAAAUAGGUCGAGGCGAGUUAGCAAGGACAUGGUAUUUAUCUACUGUCACACUGCCCUCGUGUUUUGCUGAAAGUAGAGCUGCCUUUUUUGCACUUAAGAUAUUUAAUAGGUACAGAUGUCUUUAAAGUUGGGUUAAUAUUACAAACCUGGCUUCAGUGCAACUACUGUGGGACAGGUCCUUUAGUGUACCCCUCUUACACUCAGUGCAUGCUGUUUUCUACUGCUGAUUGUCAUAUUUCAGUCAGGCAAAUGCUGCUGCUACAGCCUUGAGAACUGAAAACUGAAUCACUGUGGCCGCCUUUACUCUCCUGCCGUCAUGACCAUGAGUCAUAUUCACACACAAUCAAGGCGACAGGAGGACUACGUUCGUCUUCAUUGAUGAAUACUGUGAAUAGAGAUGCAUGUCUCAUACAACACUAAAUCUCUUUCCAUUUUUAUGCAUCUCAGCCCAAUUUCUUUUCAGUUGAAAAUGAUCUCCUGAAUGCGGACUCGCUUGUGCAAUAUAGCGUACUGCUAUGAUGACAUAGCCUCUUACGCUGGACCUCAAGGGUUUAUUCAUGUUAGGUUGUGGUUCAAAAUGUAUUUCACUUGGUUCAUUUAACAACCUCAGUCAGCCAGUAGCUUUAUGUAGCAAACAUAACAGGCUGUCUUUAUUUUCUGAAUGUUUUCUAAAUGGCCACUAUUAACUGAAACAUUAUGUCAUCUUGAAUUGUGUAAAGUCAAACAUAGUGUAUGCUUUCUUGGUUUAUUGUAAUUGUUGGUGUUGUUAUUUAUCAUUUGUUUUGUCAACAUUAAGUGUAAAAUGCCAUUAAUAUAAUUUGUUAUGAUGUAAAUAUUGUACAGAAUCAUUAUCUAGGACCUGUUUGAAAGAUAAGGUGAAUAGUUUACAUGGAUCUAUCAAAAUGCUGUAGUCAUUGUUUUUUUAAGUGUAAAAAAAAUAUGUCAGCUACUGUCAGUUGGUCUUCAAUAGUGCAUUUAUCCUCUUGUUGGUUAUAAUAAAAUGCUUUGUUUGUUAA